AUGGCCGACGAAGACGAAGAUCUCUCGCAUCUGCGCAAUCCGAAUCCUGAUCCUGCCGCCGACGAAGAUCCCGAAGAAGAAACGCUCGACUACGGCGCUGCUUUUGCGAAGAUCGCGUAUGCAAUCCAAUCCCUCAACACGAUCGCAAAGCUUAGAAAUAGCGACCAUGCCCUCCAUCUACCCAAGCGCGGCGAAAAAGACUUUGAAUCGCACGAGACGAACCUCCAGCUUUCCAAGCUCGAUGCUUCACGCCUAGCGAUGCACAAUGUGCUUUCCUGGCAGCGCACGCAUACGCAGAAGAAUCAUAUCCCCGCGAUGUACGACCCAGAGAGUAAUAUGGCUUAUGUCAACAAGCCUAAGACGAGCAUGUUCCUAACGAUGGGGAGGAGUAAGGAUGGGAAAGAGUGGUUGUUACCCGAGGAAGCGCUGUUCUUAAUUGAGCGGGGGAGCGUGGACUGUCGGUGGCCGGCAAAAGACGAAGAAAACGGCGGAAAGAUGCUAGAAGGUGCGCCGAUGAGCUUGCAGGCCGCAUAUGCCGCAUUUCUGGGCUACGAGGCUGGCGUAGGCGGGAAGUUGACCAUGGAGUUGUACACCGUGUAUUCGGGCCUCAAGCGCUCAGGCUAUGUCGUGUUCCGGCAUGGCAGCUGGGACGAUGAGCGCGCGCCUAUUCAGUCCCUCACGCCCAAAUCGCCAAACCAAAAUGCGAAGAAAACAGGGUAUUGGACCAGUUUCUGGAGCGAGGUCUGGCGCCGCAUGACGCAGCCUUCGCACAUUGUUUCUCAAGAGAAUAUGGCAUAUGCACCACUAUUCCGCCCCGGCCUCUACCGCUCCUACGCCGACAUCUACCGCACGCUCGCCCUGAUCCCGUCGCACGACCGCUCGCAACCACCCACCUUCACACUUCCGCCAAACCCGAAUAAUCCCUUUCGCAUCCACUUCGACGUUUGGAAAACAUCCGGCUCCCAACGCUUCCGCAAGUCCGCGCGCCCACCGCCCGACUUCCGCAUUUGCGUCAUUAACGCGCGCGAAACCAACGUUCCCACUGCUGCGGAGUUGAACGACUUGCUUGCUACAGUGCCGGAUGACGCGCCGAGAGAAAAUGCGACGAUUAUGAAUAAGCUUAAGCAUGGGGAGAGGAACGUGCUCCUUGCGGUGGUGGAUAAUGGCAUUCCCAGCUAUAUCCGUGUGGCAGAUGUUAAUUUCAGUCGAGAGAAGGUAUACGAACGAACAGCGCCGAGGGGUGGGAAGGGAGGAAGGGGUGGUAGAGGUGGAAGAGGUAGGGGACGAGGCCGGGGCAGGUGA